UUCUUAAUUUUCGAUUUUUAAUUUCUUUUUUUUUGUUCCCCCCCAUCUUUUCAUUAGUUUUUACGACUUGGAUGUUGAUAAUUUCAUGUGUAUAUAGCGGUUUUUUUUGUCCACUGCCAUAUUUCAUUCGAUCGAAUCAAUGCAAUUCAAUUCAUUCGAUCGAUAAUAUAUCAUCGAAAACAUUACAUAAACACACACACACAUAUACGAACUCUUCAAACCAGACAACCAAUCAUUCAAAAGUGAAUUUUUUUUCCUCCUUUUUUUUCAUUUGAUGAAUGAUUGAUCAUCAAAAUUUAUAAUUGAUAAUAGUCGAUGAUGAUUUAUACCGAAAACAUUUAUCGGCAGUGAUUUUGUGUCCAUCAUCAUCAUCAUCAUCAUCAUCAUCGACGACGACAAUGAUGACAACGACAUAUGCACUAUUACACCUAUACAUCUAUAAUCAAUUUGUCAUCAUCAUCAUUUUAUCGACGACAUGAUUGUAUUUGCGUUUUUCAUCGGAAUAUAUAAAUCCUGUCCUUUACACAUCAAACCAACAAACAAAUCAUCAAAUCUUAUGAUCGAAUGUGUGUUUUGUGCUUACAUUAAUGUAUCGUCGUGAAAAUUAUCUUUUUUUUGUCUGCAACAACAACAACAACAAGUUAUAUUGCGUGUUUUUUUUUUUUUUUUCGAAAAAUUUUUCAUUUUUCACUAUCGUCAAAAAAAACUUGAAUUCCUGAAUGUUUCGAGUAUUUUACCGAUUUUUUUAUAUGAUAAUAAUCAAAUUCUUGUGAUAAAAUAAGAAUCAAUCAAAACGAAGAAUCAAAAAAAAAAAAUGGAAAAAUUAGAUCCAACCAAACCGAUUUCAUUCAGCUUUUCUGGUUGUGGUUUUAUGGGCCUUUAUCAUGUCGGUGUUGCAUCUUGUCUACGUGAAUAUGCACCAAUAUCACCGGAUACAAAAUUUUUAGGAGCAUCAGCCGGUUCAUUAGCGGCAAUUAGUCUUGUCUGUGAUAUGCCAUUGGGUGAAAGUACAAGUGAAAUACUAAAUGUAGCAAUGCGUGCUCGUGCCCGAGCACUUGGUCCAUUUCAUCCAUCAUUCGAUAUUAAUCGUAUUCUAUAUGAUCUCCUUAUGCGUACCCUACCAGAUGAUGCACAUAUCAGGGCUAAUGGCCGUAUGUACAUAAGUGUUACCAGGGUUAGUGAUGGUAAAAAUGUUAUCAUUAAUCAAUUCAAAUCUAAAGAGGAACUGAUCAAGGCAUUACAAUGUUCAUGUUUCAUACCAUUAUGGUCGGGUUUAUUACCGCCUAAAUUUAAUGGCAUCACCUAUAUUGAUGGUGGAUGUACGAAUAAUUUACCAAUAUUGGAUGAAAAUACUAUAACCGUAUCACCAUUUUCUGGCGAAUCCGAUAUAUGUCCACAGGAUGAUACAUUUAAUUUAUUUCAAUUUAAUUUUACAAAUACAUCUAUAUCGAUAUCACCAUCGAAUAUAUAUCGUAUAUCAAGGAUAUUAUUUCCAGCACAUCCGGAAACAUUGAGUAAAAUUUGUCAACAAGGUUUCGAUGAUGCACUUCGUUAUCUUCAACGUAAUAAUAAAAUAUCCUGUACAAGAUGUUUGGCCAUACAUUUUACAUUAGAAAAAGAAGAAACAUCAAAUAAACAUCAUAGACAUCAUAAACAUCAUGCCAAUUGUCGUGAUUGUGAAUAUCGAAGGCAAAUUGCCAUCCUUGAUUCAUUGCCUGAAUCCGUUGUUGAAGCUAUUCAAGAAGCCUGUGAUCAGGUAAACAAAGGAAUAAUAAAUUGGCUAUUCCGUCAUCGUCCAAUGAAAUUAUUGUCAAUAUUGAGCAUACCAUAUCUAUUGCCGAUCGAUAUUACAAUCGUAUUGUUUAGUAAAAUCUAUGAAAAAUUACCAGAUAUACAAAAAGAAUUGAAAGAAUCAUUUAUGCGUUUUAUAUCGUUAUUGAAAUCAUUAUUGGUUAAAAUUGAAUCAAAUCGUUAUUUUUAUUCAGCCAAAUUUAGUUGUCAAUUAGCAGUCAAAGAAUUUGAUUAUACAAGUGAAGAAAAUUUAACGAAAAUACGAAAAUCAUCCAGUCAUUCGAAAUCAUUGUUUAUGAAUGAUAUAGCCAAACAACAACAACAACAACAACUACAACUACAACAACAGCAACAACAACAAAAAAUAAUGAUUAAUAAUCAACCAUUAAAAGAAAGUAAAAGUUUAGAUUUGAAAAAACUGGACCCAAUUAAAUAUCGUAAAGCAUCAUAUGCAGGUCGUGAAGUCAAUCAGAAUCGUAAUAAACCAAGACGAAGAUCAAUGAUUGAAAUGGGUAGCCAUCCAGAUCUACCACCUGAACGUGUUAUUUCACAGCUAAAUUUUGAUCUAAAAUUAGAUGUUAAACCUGAUCAAUCUAAUGUAAAAACAACAAUGGAUACACGAAACAAUAAUAAUGAUGUUAUUGAUGAUGAUAUUGAUGGUCCAUCAUCAUCAUUGGAUAGUAAAGUAAUAGAUAUCGAUAUCAAUGAAAUUGAUCAAAAUAAUGCCAUUGAAAUUGCUAAUAAAGCAUUGAAUUGGGAGAAAGAAAUUCUAGAAAAAUGUCAUGAUCAUCUUAAUGCUAAUGAUGGAAAUUUUGAUAGAAUGUUGCAAAUUACUAAAAAUAAUGAUGCAGUUAUGGCAUAUUAUUAUACUGAUGAAAAUAACAAAGUACAAUUUACUGAAUUAUUUAAAAUUGGUGAUGAAGAUAUUGAUAAAUUGAAUGAUAAAGAAAAUAAUAAUAAUAAUGAUGAUGAUCCAAAUAUUAUCGAUAAUUAUCAACAACAGAUUCCAACAUAUAAAAAAGAUAAUGAUGAUGGUCUUAUUGAAAGUACUAUUCCACAUGGAAACAUUCAACAACAACAACAGCAUCAACACCAAACAACAACAACAACAUUGAAUGAUAAAAAUAAUGGAUCGAAUGGUGGAAAUGAAAGUCCAAAAAAACGUCCAAGAAAAUUAUCAUCGAUUAUUAUGGUUGAUUAAUGGCCAAUAUUCAUCUAUGUGUGUGUGUGUGAACAUUUGUCAUUGUCAAACACACACACACAACGAUUGGAUUUUUCGAUACCAUACGUUUUUUUUUCGUUUUCAUUUUUUUAAAUCUUUUCUUUUUUUUGUACUUUUAAUCUUUUAUAUCUCUGCCUUUUUGUUCAUUAUUAUUAUUGUUGUUGUUGUUGUCAAUCCUGUGAACCAUGUGUGAAUUUAUAUCAUUUAAAAACAAAACGUUUAUAAACGUUCGUUUGAUUGUUCCUAAAUCGUCGUUGUGUGUGUGUGUGUCUUAAUUGUCUUAUAAUAAUAAAAUUUAAAUGAUGAAAUGAUUA